AUGGCUCCUACCAUUCUCAUCGUCGGUGCCACAGGCAACACUGGCCAGGCUGUUGUCGAAACCCUGCCAACGUUGCUUCAAUCAAGCAAUACUUUGUCUGAUCACCGUAUCAUUGCUCUCACUCGUUCCUCAAAGAGUCCAGUAGCACAAAAGCUUGCCAAACUCCCUGGAGUUGAAGUGGUAGAGCAGAACUGGGUCGAAAUCACCUCUGACUGGCUCCGUGAACAUCAAGUAACCAGAGCAUUCAUUGCACCACAAGCCAAUCCAAACCACUUCGCUGAAGAGUCCACAUUUCACGUUGCUGCCUUGAACGCCGGUGUCAAAUAUGUUGUCCGAAUCUCAACCACUGCUGCAAACGUCCGCCCAGAUUGUAAAGCUUUCUAUCCACGUGCACACUGGGCGAUCGAGACUCUUCUGAGCUCGCCAGAAUUCGCCAACCUGCAGUGGACUUCACUCCAGCCCAACGUCUUUACAUCUUUCUACCUUGCGGGUGCCGUGGAAUUCAUCAAACAGUACCGCAAAACUGGAAAGCAGGGAACGCUCAAAAUGAUGGCAUCGAAGGAUGCGCCUGUCGGUGUUAUUGACUCUCAUGAGGUUGGAGUCUUUGCGGCUCGUCUCUUGUCUCAAGAAGAUCUCUCAGUGCACAACAAGGCCAGAUAUGUUCUCAAUGGACCAGAGGAUAUUACUGGGGAGGAGCUCGUGGAUUUGGUCAAGCAGUACAUUGGUACGCAGGUUGAAAAUGUCAGCUAUCAAGACAUGUCAUUCCUUGAUAUGCUUUACGAGCACAAUUAUGCGCCAACUCAUCAGUCAAAGAACGUGAUCUACUCUGUCAAACACGCUCUAGAGACAGCGUGGGAUGGAAAAUGCACAGCUUCAACCACGAGCAAGACAGUAUUGGAGCUCGCUCCACCCAAGAUUACAACUGCUGAGGCGUUGAAGAGUCUUCUGGAGGAGUAA